AUGGACAUCUCUUUGCAAAAGUACCCAAUUUCCAGCCAUCUGCGAGCCUGGAUCCUCCAAGAGCUAUGGAAAGAAUGCGGGCUGAGCCCGCAGACCCCGAGCCUCAACAUGUCUUCCUACUUUGAUUACUACUCGACUCGUUGCCAGCGCUUUUCUCGGGACGGCGGCAUUCACAUUUGCGUACAAUCACACCACGCCCUUGUCGACGUCGCCAAGCAGAUCUUGACAGAUGCGACCAGGGAUGAAGUCUGCUCGUCCCUGGGAAGCCAGUCGAAUCAGCGGACGGCAGACACCACAAUCGACUUCUGUGGCAGCCUGCUACUGAUGGCCGAGGUGGGCGUACACAAGUUUGGCUUCUCGGGAUCCAACCCCCUGACGUGGUGCGGCCACCAAACGCUCCGGCAAGCCGUUGAGAGGCAUUUUCAGCCCGAAAAGGAGCUUCAGCCGGACAAUCCGAGGCUCGGACGUCUGUUCACGGCUCGGAACCUCACAUACGUCGGCGGCAUGAAGAUCAAGUGGACCAGCAACAUCGUAGAUCACCUGCUCCUGUCAGACGACGACCAGACCGUCUUCAUCUUUCACCACGCCGGCUUUCUGCGUUACCAACAAUGUUUCACACACCCCCUCUUCCCUGACAUCUUCAUCGACGAAACCCUCCGCACCCUCUCCCUCCUCUUCCCGCAAAACAACCACAAAUCUCGCCGCUGGCUCUUCAGCCAAAUCUCAGAACACUCCCUGGACCCCAGCAUCGCCCGAUGCGGCAACCUGCGCGUCCAAAACAGGCGCUUCGAGCAUUUCUCCUUCUGGCACGACCGCCUCGUCAUCCUCAAGCAGGCCUUUGACGAGUCCAGCCCGCGCGGGCUCAGGCAGUGGUGGUAUGAUCGCCGGAACUCGGUGCAGUGGUACACGUUCUGGGUGGCUAUCCUCGUGUUUGCCAUGACGGUGUUUUUUGGGCUGGUGCAGAGUGUUGAGGGGGCGCUGCAGGUUUAUUUGAGCUGGAAGGCGUUGGGGAAGGAGGUGCUAUGA